GUAGUUACCACAUAAAUAACUCCUACGUCAGUGAAAUUUAGAGUAUAAAACAACAUAAGAUUGUCUAUUUUACUAUAUUAUACAAAAUAAACGUUGAUUAGUUCUUUAUCUUGAGAUGGAUCUUCCACCAUUACCAGCACCAAAAAGAUCUGGACGUCAUACGCAUAUGCACAAACAAAAUAAACUUCUCAAACAUAUUCCUGAAAUAAUAAAUCCCGUCCAUCUGACAACAGUCUACUUAUACAAUAACGAAAUAGAAAAAAUCGAAGGACUCGAAGCCGCCGUCAACAUUGUUACCCUCUAUUUGCAACAGAACCGAAUCAAAAUCAUCGAAAAUCUGCACACGCUCAAAAAACUUCAGAAGCUUUAUUUGGGGCAUAAUCAAAUCACAGUGGUUGAAAACUUAGAAGCAAACAUUCUCCUGCAAGAGUUAAACCUCGAAAAACAAAAUAUCAAAAAGUCGGAAUGUAUGUGUUUUGAUCCACGUUCAAUUUUUGCUUUGUCGGCGUCACUACAAGUUCUGAAUGUGACCGGAAACAAUAUCAGAAGUCUAUACGGUUUAAUGCCCUUAAGUGCAUUGCGGAUUUUGCACGCAGGUAAAAAUAAACUAACCGAGAUCUACGAUGUAUUGGAAACGAUCCAGUUUUGGUAUUACUUAUAUGAAGCAAAUUUUGCUGGCAAUCCUGUUACGAAAAAGCAUCGAUUCAGAGAAUUACUGAUUGGUCAUACUAUGAGAUUAAAUUUACUGGAUGGUAAGCAAAUAAGUCCUACAACACGUACAUUUAUACGAAAUUUCGAAGAAGAAAUAAAGAACAAGACUCAUAAUGUUAAUUUAUCUAAUACCUAUCCAGAUUUGCCCACAAAUUAUUCCACUGCGCUACAGGAGGCUGUUUCCUCUACUAUCAUCAAAACCGGUUUGUCUGAUUUAACUGUGACUAGUCACAUUCCAUGGAAACAAUUACCCAAACGUAUGCCUUCAAAAAAAUCGAAUUUGCGUCAUGGAGGUGACGCUAAAUCCACGCCGGAUAACAGAAGUUUAUUCCCGAUGAAUUUGUAAUACUUUCAAAUGUACAACUUGUGACAUGUGAACAAAUUGGUUGCAAAAAUAGCAAUAAAUCCAAAAUGGCGAA